UCAUCUGCUCAGCGUGUCAAUCACCACCUGUCCUGUGAAUAACCCGUUUCUAACUGUAGAAACAUCACUCAUCGAACGUGAAACUGAGAAAUCAAGAAGAGAAAUAAGAAGAUUUCUCAACAGCUCUCAACGCGAUGCUCAACAUUAAGUCCCCCCGCUGAUGACACAGUGACGAGACAUCGGAUCUCCAUCGACAAGCUCGCUCCGACUCGACUUGGGGGCCAAGCUCCACCAGACUCAACUCUCUCGACAUCAAGUGAAUGGAUAUGAUGUGAAGCGAGACCAUCUAACUCGACGAUGAUGAUAUAAAUUGCCUGCUCGCCUCGACCAUAGUUAUUAUCACCAUCAUCUUCUCUCACAUCGUUCCUCAUCUACCUUCUUCGCUUCUAUCACCACCAACCACCAUCCUCUCAUCAUGACAUUCAAAACCACCGCCGGUCUUGCCCUCCUCGCUCUUGCGGGCUCCGUCAAAGCCCAGUCCGUGGAUGGCUCCAAGUACAACAGCCCAACUAACGGUCCCCCAGCCAGCUACUUUGCCGCGGCCACGACCCUGCCUGUCGCGGCCUUGCAGUCGGCCGCAGCCAAGGCAAGCUCUGUGCCAUCCAAGGCUACCUAUCCUGUCAAUACGGACAAGAAUUCUCCCAAGUCGACUAUCCAUAGCGAUUGGGUCAAGUUCAACCAGGGUGCCGCACUCAGCUGGGUAGCAGACAUGGAUGUCGACUGUGAUGGCAUAGACUACAAGUGCAAGGGCAACGGGGAUGGCCUACCCGAGACCAACUGGGGAGCUCUGUCAGCGUAUGAGGUACCCUGGAUCGUCAUCCCAGACCAGUUCCUCACGGUCAACGAGGACUUGCUUCCGGGUAACAACAUUGCCGCAGUGAUCUGCAACGGCAAAAUGUACUACGGCAUCCUAGGUGACUCCAACGGCGACGACCCCGAGGUAACCGGCGAAGCCUCAUGGCUCAUGGCCCGCACCUGCUUCCCAGACGAUGAUCUCAACGGAGCCGAGGGACAUGCCGAAGCAGACGUAACCUACAUCGUCUUCACCGGCGACGACGCUGUCCUCCCCAGCAGUGCCCUGGACAAGAACUACAUCACCAACUUCAGCACCCUGCGCUCAAUGGGCGACAAGCUGGUCGGCGCUCUCGCGUCUAACCUGGGUCUCUCCAACGCCAGCGUGCCCUCCCAGACCACCUUGGCCACGAGCGCCGCCAGCACGCCGAGUCCUUCGGGCUCCACGGCCACCUGUUCCUGGGAGGGACACUGCGAAGGCGCUAUUUGUUCUACUGAGGAUGACUGCUCGGAUGAUUUGGUCUGUGAUAGUGGGAAGUGCAGCUCUGCUGAUGACGAGGAUGAGGAUGAUGAUGAUGAGGAUGAUGUGGAUGACGACGAGGACGACGAGAACGACGACGACGAUGAUGAUGAUGAGGAAGACGAUGACGAUGAUGAGGACGACGAGGCCGACGAGUAA